AUGAACAAAAACAUUAAACAACAAGUCGCUAGAAGAGGCAGCAUAAGAAAAACGACCACUCAAAGCACCGCAAAUACCACGAGAGAUUCGCAACUGCUGUCACUGCUUGCUGCUAGACGGCGGCAGUUGUUGGGUGGAAGGUUAACUACACACGUCAAUACCCUAGCAUCGCUAGCAAACAAACCACACAAGGGCAAUACAACUUUUGCGCAGUUGGAAAUUCGCGAUCCAAACAACUCAGUGACGAAAGAAAUUGACACAGAGUACGAAGGCUACUUCGAUGACGGUGAGAUUAAGAAAGAGUCACCUAUUACACCAGUUGCUCGGCCACCUCUUCCACCUCCAAGCAAACCGGACCAAAAGUGGGAAUUCCCGAGAAACAAGCUCCGAUUACAAACUUUACUGGGUGAGGGAAAUUUUGGACAGGUGUGGAAAGCUGAAGCUGACGACUUGAACGGGCACGAUGGGUUAACGCGAUUGGUCGCAGUGAAGACGAUAAAGGAAUCCGCAACCCAGAAAGAGAAGCAGGAGUUGUUGCAUGAGAUAUUCAUCAUGCAAAAGAUAGGAACUCACCCGAAUGUGGUGACACUGCUCGCAUGUUGUACCGAACAAGAACCCUAUCUUUUGAUAAUGGAGUAUGUGAUGUGUGGUAAAUUGCUGACCUACCUUCGUGCGCGACGGUCAAGGCCCGACCGUUUUGGGGGCGGCGGCACUUUGGCGUCCAGAGACCUCACAGUUUUCGCUUACUGUGUAGCGCGUGGCAUGGAUUACAUCGCUUCUAAAGGGGUGCGUACUGUGAUGUACAAUGGAGUAUGUGAUGUGUGGCCCGACCGUUUUGGGGGCGGCGGCACUUUGGCGUCCAGAGACCUCACAGUUUUCGCUUACUGUGUAGCGCGUGGCAUGGAUUACAUCGCUUCUAAAGGGAUCGUGCACCGCGACCUGGCUGCUCGAAACGUGCUUGUGGACCACAACAAGCUGUGCAAGAUAGCUGACUUCGGAAUGUCGAGGAGUGCCGGUGGCGGCGCGCGAGCGGCGCGUGGCGCUUUGCCUGUGCGCUGGAUGGCACCCGAGGCUCUGCUGUACAACCUCUAUAACCACCAGACGGACGUCUGGGCCUUCGGGAUACUGCUGUGGGAGAUCGUCACUCUAGGGUCAACGCCCUACGCGGCGAUGUCGGGGCGGGAGGUGCUGGCGGCGGUCACCGAGGGCUACCGGCUGGAGAGGCCGCCGCACUGCAAGCCGCAGCUGUACCGCGCGAUGCACUCCUGCUGGCACGCGGACCCCUCGCAGCGGCCGACGUUCGCCUCGCUGAAGGCGCAGCUGGCGGAGCUGCUGGACAACGAACCCUCGGAGGGCAACUACGUCGACCUGGACUCGUUCUAUCAGGAGUCCUCCGUGUACAGCGACCCCUCCGCGAUAAUCAACGACGAGGACGGCCUCUCCGCCGAGUACGAUAGGGAAAGGCGGUGUUUCAGAGAAUUGGCGACCGGCCCCGCGAAGUUCGACAACCGAGCGUUCAACCUCCGUGACGAGGAGUUGAGGAACAAAUUCGGCAUCGGCACACCGAGGAUGGGCGGCUUCGGGAUCCGAGACGUGUCUUUCAACGAGCGCAGCUUCGACCAGGAGAAGGGUUUCACUGACCAGAACUUCAACGAUCCGAAUUUCUCAGAGCGCAAAGACGGGAAGCUAUCGACGUCCAGCUUCCACAAAGAGAGGGAACGCGAGAACCCACUUGUCAGUAGGAACAGUUUUAACGGCUUCCCGCGCGUCGGCACGAGGGAGAGUCAUUUUCAAACAAACCCCGACGGCCGCAAUAAGAGGGUGUCCGAAUUUGAAUGCGACAUA